UAGCGGCGGUGAAGAUGACAUUUCUCCCAUCAUCCUUUGUCUCUGCUGUGAGUAGAGGGGCUCCACCACACUUUGAAGCUCAGUUCUGUUUGACCCCAGAAUAUUCUGCUCUCACCUUCCUGUUUCACUUCAGAGAAGGAAAUGCCUGUUCUGUGCUGCUGUGGCUUCAGUAAACCAAGAGGGCUCUGCAGGGUUCCUGUUCAGCAAACAGCUCUGCUGGGCUGGGCAGAUUUUUUGAAAGGAUUACCAGUCUACAACAAAAGCAACUUCAGCAGAUUCCAUGCGGAUUCUGUAUGUAAAGCAUCAAAUAGGAGACCAUCAGUUUAUCUUCCCACGAGGGAAUAUCCAUCUGAACAAAUCAUAGUAACAGAAAAGACAAAUAUCCUCUUGCGCUAUUUACAUCAGCAGUGGGACAAAAAGAAUGCAGCAAAGAAGAGAGAUCAAGAGCAGGUGGAAAUAGAAGGUGAGAACUCAGCACCACCCCGGAAAAUCGCUCGGACAGACAGCCAGGACAUGAAUGAGGACACUUAAACUCUUGACUUCCUCCUCUCAUACUUUACAGGCGCUUCCUGUUUUGUCUCCAAGUGUGUAAAUUUGCCCCUUGCCCCAUCUCUCCCCCCUCCACUGUGCAGCCCAAACCACUUCUGACUUCCCAGGAGCCAACAUAUUUAUUUUUUCUCUUUUUUUUUUUUUUGUCCUCUCCAUUUUUUUAUUUAUGCCGUAAACCUGAUGGAGCGGAGGUGGAACAAUGGAGUAAAUGCUGUAGUAGGACCUUAGUUCCUCCUUUUGAAAACACUGUCACUUUGGCAGGUUUUGAAUCUGUUACCUAUUGCCCAGGUCUAGCCAUGGGAGCCUGGGUAAGAGACAUGGGUUAUCACAGAACCCUCCAGAGAUACAUGCUCUCUACGUACCCACUGACCUACUACAAGUGGUUUAACUCCUCUUUGUAUGUGUCCGGGCCAGCCAUAAGUGUAUGGCCUCACCAUUCUUCCUCCAAAAUUCUGAAACUGGCACUGCACUAAAACAAAACCCAACCAAUCUACAUGAGUGUCCUUCAGGGUUAUGUUGAUCUUAGCAAAUGUGUUGUCAACUUGAUCAAUCAGUUGUAUCCUGGUCUGUUGUGUAAGGGCUGCGCUCCUCCCGCGGCACGCGUUAUCUCAUGCAUCAGUGCACAUGGAGAACUCAAGUGAAAGGUGUGUGGCUUUUGUUGCUCUGACUUUCUAACCUUCUCUUGGUCUUGGAUGGACUGAUCUGUGCAACUUCUCCAUUGGAAUAAAAGGAUACUCUUCUACUGUGCUGAGUACUUGAUCACCAGUGUGUGUAAGCAGCGGCUGAUGGAGGCAGCCUGUGGCUGGAGAAGUCUGGGAGCAUCUCAGCAACUGGAUGUAGUUCUGGUUCAACUGCCAGCUCCGAACAAUGGUACGUUGUGUUGUGCUGCAAUAGCAGAAUGGAGUUGGUCAAAACAUGAGCUUCCAUGGUCUCUGGUGAAGACCAAUUCCUCUUGGACUCAAGACAGUUCAGUGCCUGUUGCCUGGAACCCUUCCCUGACUCUUCGAGAAGAGCCAAACCGGAGGCCUGUGAGUUGUCUGGAUUCAGAGGUUCAGAGACUCAAAGGAAAUGAGCAUUGUCACCUGAAGGGGACAGGAAAGGUGUAGCUUAGUAAUGAUGUCUUGUCUGCUUUAACAUAAGAAGCUGACUUCACACUGUGUUAGUUGAAAUUGUCACAUUUGUAGCUGUGGGGGUUUUUUUCUUCCUCGUUAACAAAUCCUAAACACGAAAUCACAGGAAUGUUGUUCUGGAGAUCCUGGACAAGCCUCAUUCCGAGCGGCUGCAGCAGCUGGGAGCUUUGAGGGGUUCUGCUCUCCCUUUCUCCAUGGCAUUCCCAUUCAACCCAGGGCCACUACGUGUUCAGGUUUGGGAACGCAGGGAACGCGGAGGGAGUGAAACUUGCUGCCAACCAUAGGUUGCAAGGCAGACCCUUAGGAAGAGCAGGGCACAGCUCACAUUGCAAUUCUAGAUGUACCUUUAGGCACCAGGUUUCUGAUGGAAUGAAUUUAACUUAACACCAGGUAGUUUAGAACUUUGUAUCUGCCUCAAAAACAAACCCCAACCAACCUUUUUGCUAUGGCAGUAACCUCCAAAUUACUGGAAUGUCGUUGAAAAUGCCAACUGUGUUGGUGAAGAUAAAAUAGACUUGGGUUUCUGUAUGAUUUACUGGUGAUGGCAAGAGGACUCCAUGCUGGCAGCAAGUGCUUUUGUGCACAGUGCAAGACAUUGAAGAUCACUUGCCUCAUGGGGUGAAGCUGAAGCUGAAGAAGCCUUUGAAGAGCUGUGAGAUACCAGAGGAAGAAACGAAUGUGCAGCUGAUGAUAAAGUAUGACCAAUCUGUGUGUGUAGCAAAGCUGGAGAGCUGCAGCCUUGCAGCAAUGUCUGUACAGUGCUUUCAAGUUGUAAAAUGCUGUAUAAUUCGUGGUGGAUCCAGCAAGGUUUGAGCUUUGCUGACUAUUCUGCUAGCCAGAGUGAUGUACUAUUAAAGAGAGUUGGCAGUUC